AUGUCAGUAGGUAUUAUUGAGUUUUAUCUAUCUAUCUAUCUAUCUAUCUAUCUAUCUAUCUCAGCUUUGACCAGCUAUUAUUAUUUAUUAUGUAUGUAUGUAUGUAUGUAUGUAUGUAUACAUCAAUCUUUCUAUCUCAACCUGUUCCUUAUCUAUCUAUCUAUCUAUCUAUCUAUCUAUCUAUCUAUCUAUCUAAGCCUGUUCAUUAAUGUCUCUAUCUAUGAUGAUGAAGCUUUAAUAAAAGUAAAAAAUAUGUUAAAUUUUAAACGUUUCCUAUUUAUUCCUUGUCCUAUCAUUCUGUCGGAUUUUGAUCCUUAUUUUAUCUAUAUUCGACCCCAAAUCUAUCUAUCUAUCUAUCUAUCUAUCUAUCUAUCUAUCUAUCUCAGUCUGUUCAUUAUCUAUCUAUCUAUCUAUCUAUCUAUCUAUCUAUCUAUCUAUCUAUCUAUCUAUCUCAGUCUGUUCAUAUCUAUCUAUCUAUCUAUCUAUCUAUCUAUCUAUCUAUUUAUCUGUUUAAUGUGUAUUUUUUCGAUGUUAAGUUUGAUAUUUUUGAUAGCUCCCUAA